GCUGCAUCACCAAAGGCCGAGACAGCAACGUUGGAAAGCGCGGGCAGGCAGACGCGCCACAGUGUCUUCUUUGUGAACUCUGAUAUUCGCGUGUACGUCUCACACUCUUUCAUGUCCCCUCCGCGCAUGCGCUUAAUUUAGCAAGAGGCGGGUGCCAACACGGAAACAAUGGCUCUCUCACUGCGGGAUCGCCAGAUUGCUGCAAUCAAGCGCAUACUGAACCUCAAUGCCCCCAUCCACGACGUCGACGCUCCUGAAGAUGCCCCCAGCACAACCACCAACACCGCCGAUAUCGAAUGGAAGGUACUGGUCCUCGAUACACAGGCAAGGAACGUUAUAUCGGCAGUGCUGCGAAUGAACGAUCUCAGGGCGGCUGGGGUCACUGUACACUUCAACCUGGCCUCCAAGCGCAGCCCCAUCCCCGACACACCAGGCGUCUACCUGAUCGCCCCCACCGCCGAGAACCUCGCGCUAGUCACCAAGGACCUCAACGAUAACCUGUACACUCCGAUAUACCUCAACUUCCUCUCAAGCGUCCCCCGAACACUCCUGGAAGACUGGGGUAGUCAGAUUGCUGCGUCGCCAGGGGCUGCCGAGAACAUUGCGCAGCUAUACGACCAAUAUCUCAACUUUGUCACCCUAGACAGCGAUCAAUUCUCCCUGAACAUCGAAGAUGCGUAUCGAAAGAUCAACAGCCCGAAGACGUCGGAUCAGGAGCUGGAUGAGCUGAUCGACCGCAUUGUCUCAGGCCUCUUCUCGGUCGUCGUCACCAUGGCCGUCGUACCCAUCAUUCGCUGUCCAACAGGAGGCGCUGCUUCCGACAUCGCCGCAAAACUCGAUCGAAAGCUGCGCGACCACAUUCUCAACAGCAAGGAGAACCUCUUCUCCACCAACACAGCAUCCCGCCCCGUCCUCAUCAUUGUCGAUCGCAACAUCGACCUCAACCCCAUGUUCAGCCACUCCUGGAUAUACCAAAGUCUGGUCUACGAUGUACUAGACUUUUCCCUCAACAAGGUCACCGUUACUGUGCCAAACGACAAGGAGAAGCCUGAGAGUGGUUCCAAGAAGCAGACCUACGAUUUGACCGCGAGCGACUACUUCUGGAAACGCAACGCGGCCCAGCCGUUCCCUCAAGUAGCAGAAGACGUCACAAACGAAUGGACCAAGUACACAGCAGACGCGGAGAAGAUCACGAAAACCACAGGUUCCAACUCUCUCGACGAUGUAGAAACCCAGUUCGCAGCUCAUCUAAAAGGCGCCAUAUCCAUGCUUCCCGAGCUCCGUGAUCGCAAAGCUACUAUUGAGAGUCAUAUGAGCAUGCUGGAGUCUGUCAUGGAUGGCAUCAAGCAGAGGAAGCUGGACGAAUUCUUCCAGCUUGAGGAAGAGCUUGGAAAGGCCACCAAAGCAACCAUAAUGGAUAUCAUCAAAGCCGCGGAUAAAGGAAACGACCCCUGCGACAAGCUACGUCUGUUCCUACAGUGGUAUCUGACCACCUCAGACGACCUUUCGCGCAACGAGCUCGACAGCUUCACACAAGCAUUAGAACAAGCUGGAUGCGAUACGACCGCCGUAGCAUACGUCAAGACGGUCCGCCAGAUCACACGCAUGACGAUGCUCAGCUCCGCGCCUGCACAACCUGCCCAGACGACGUCAUCGAACCUUUUCGGCGGCUUCUCGAGUCUAGGCAGUCGCGUUACAGACAAGUUCAAGGAAGCCGGUCUCGGGACGCCUAACCUAGAAGGUGUAUUGUCGGGCAUCAAGAGUUACCUGCCAGCCAACAAAGACCUUACCCUUACAAAAGUCGUGGAAGCCAUCUCUGAUCCGCAAAACGCAACCUCUAGUGCGCUGAACAAGAUCGAAUCGUGGCUUUACUUCGAUCCCCGAUCAGCGAACGCGCGUGGAACCAUACCGCCAGCCAGUCAGUCGAGGAACCAAGGUACUGUCUCACGCGGUAUUGAAGCUUCUUUCGGACAAAGACGGCAAGGCUACACAGAAGCCCUCGUCUUCCCCGUGGGAGGUGGCAGCAUGGACGAGUUUGGCAAUCUUCAGGCAUGGUCGCAACGGACCAGCGCUGCAGGUGCUGGGCAGCAAAGAAGAGUGGUGUAUGGCUCCACCAACCUAUAUUCCGCACGUGACUUUAUCGUCAACGAGCUUGCCCCUCUGGGUGCUGAGAGUACUUGAGAUGAAAUGGUGCCACAUCAUGCACGCUUCUCCCGUGCAACAACUAGUAUACCCUCCAUCACAUCACGCCCCUACAAAUAGACCUCACUCGGCGUUCAGGAUUGCAUGUCGUGACAUCAGACCUACCUAGUAAUGAUCCAAGUAGAAGCACACAUUGUCUCUAGAAGUACGUACUUGUCGAUAUCUAAACUUAGGUAUGCGACACGAAUGUUAGCGACCCGUAGUGUUAUGAUGUUGACUAUCAAGUCAUUGUGGACUGGUAAACUCGGGUAUUGCUUUCCCGCUUCACAUACUCCACC